AUGUUCUUGUUCUUGCGACGAUCCAAUAUUGUGUUUCCUCGCUCAAUCUGCGAGAUAACAAUCUGGGGUCGGGGUUUCGAUAUAUAUGCAAUUUUCUUUGUAAGAAUUAGCGCCCAUCCCCCCUUUCCCUUUUUUGUUUUCCAUUUUCUCUGAUAUCCAACUUUUGGGAAUGCCAAGGACAACGUGGCUAUUUGGGAUUGUUUUCUCACUAUUAGGUCAUUGGGUCCUUCAGUGGAUCUUCUGCUUUCUGGGCUUUUUGGCUUCCGCGGCCUCUUCUAUGUUUUUUCACUAAUUUUAGGUGCCCUGCAUGUCCUUCGCAUAUUGAGAAAAUACUUUUGUGAAAUUUCAAAUUGAUUAGCCGAUGAAGAACUCGAAAUAUUUUCUUCAGGUAGAAGUAAGAAGGGAUAUUCGGUAUUUUUUUGGGUUGAUCCAACAGUUGAAUCGCUGACCCUUGACUCGGUUUGUUUUCUGGUUUAUGGAUCAAUGCACUGUCACGUACACGUUAACCUUUUUGAAUCAAACUUCAAACUAGGCAAUUCUGUGCAAUUAUGGAUGUUGGAGCUCAUGAUACAGGAUGCAGUUUUGCUUAUGGCCUUUCUGAUAAUGUGGCAUCGUAAAAUGGGGUUAGAUUGAGAUGGGGCAUUGUCGCUUGGAUGUGUUAUUGUGAGCUUCUACAUAUAGGAGAAGAAAGGUGGGCACACCAAUGGCAGAAAGCCAACCUGCAGAGUGCAGUGAACUUGGGGAGGAGGCUGUGGCUGUUAGACAAGUGUGUGCAAAUGGACUUUCCAUGAAAACUUCUGAUGUCGAAGCAAAGCUUAACGAAGGAAAUAUUGAAGAGGCAGAAUCUUCAUUGCGAGAAGGCUUAUCUCUCAAUUCCGAGGAAGCUCGAGCUCUUCUUGGAAGGCUGGAGUAUCAAAGGGGAAAUGUGGAAGGUGCCCUUCGUGUUUUUGAUGGUAUUGAUCUUCAAGUAGCUAUACAGAGGUUUCAACCGCUUGCUGAUAAACAACCCUCUAAAAAGGGUCGUUCACGCACCGAAUCAGUGCAAAAUACCUCUCAGCAUGCUGCGAAUCUGGUGCUUGAGGCUAUAUAUUUGAAAGCCAAGUCUCUUCAAAAGCUUGGAAGAAUAACUGAGGCUGCUCAUGAGUGUAAAAAUGUGCUUGAUGCGGUGGAGAAGAUAUUCUCAAACGGAAUACCUGAUGUGCUAGUUGACAAUAGGUUGCAAGAGACAGUUAGCCGUGCUGUGGAGCUCCUCCCAGAACUCUGGAAGCAGGCCGGUCGCUAUAAUGAAGCAAUGUCUGCUUACCGACGAGCUCUCCUUAGUCAGUGGAAUCUUGAAAAUGAUUGUUGUGCUAGAAUUCAGAAAGGAUUUGCCGUGUUUUUGCUAUAUAGUGGAGUUGAGGCUACCCCGCCUAGUUUAGCUGUUCAAAUUGAUGGUUCAUAUGUACCUAGAAACAGUUUGGAAGAGGCAAUUCUACUUCUGAUGAUUCUUAUGAGAAAGUUUUACCUUGGUAAGAUCAAAUGGGAUCCGUUAGUGAUGGAGCACCUUACAUUUGCUCUAUCGCUGUGUAGCCAGACUUCUGUUCUAGCAAAACAACUUGAAGAGGUAUUGCCUGGUGUAUUUCAUCGUGUUGAUCGUUGGAAAGCCUUGGCAUUUUCUUAUAGUGGAGCAGGACAAAACAAGGUUGCCUUGAAUCUCCUAAAAAAGUCUCUACACAUCCAUGAAAAACCAAACGACCUUAUGUCUUUAUUAUUGGCUGCUAAAAUCUGCUCUGAGGAUGCUCUUCUUGCUGCUGAGGGUGUGGGAUAUGCAAAGAGGGCUAUUGUAAAUGUUGUGGGAGUAUCUGAACAUUUAAAAGGUGUUAGCCUUAGAAUGUUAGGUCUUUGUUUGGGGAAGCAAGCCAAAAUCUCGUCUUCAGACUUUGAGAGGUCUCGUCUUCAAUCUGAGGCAUUAAAGUCUUUAGAGGGAGCUAUUUCUCUUGAGAGUGACAACCCUGACCUAAUUUUCGAGUUGGGAGUUCAGUAUGCAGAACAUCGCAAUUUGAAUGCCGCACUGCGAUAUGCAAAGCAGUUCAUUGAUGCAACAGGUGGAUCCAUACUAAGAGGUUGGAGAAUCCUUGCAUUGGUUUUGUCUGCCCAACAACGGUUUUCAGAGGCAGAAGUGGUCACUGAUGCUGCUUUAGACGAGACUACAAAAUGGGAGCAAGGACCACUUCUCAGGACAAAAGCAAAGCUGAAGGUUGCCCAGUCAUUGCCCCUGGAUGCAAUUGAAAUGUACCGUUAUCUCCUGGCAUUGGUUCAAGCCCAGAGGAAAUCAUUUGGGCCUGUCCGAAGUCUGCCUCAGAACGAAGAUGAUAAAGUCCAUGAAUUUGAAGUUUGGCAUGGUCUUGCAAACUUAUACUCCAGCCUUUCUCAUUGGAAGGAUGCAGAGACAUGCUUGGAAAAGGCUAGAGUGCUCUUUGAGUACUCUCCUGAAAUACUUCACACGGAAGGUAUUAUAUGUGAAGCACAGGGACAAAUCCAUGAAGCGUUGUCUGCUUAUACCAACGCACUUUUAAUAGAACCGGGUUAUGUGCCUUGCAAGAUCUUAAUUGCAGCUGUAAUAUCAAAGAUGGGCUCAAAGGCUUUGCCAGUGGCUAGGAGCUUACUUUCAGAUGCACUACGGAUAGAACCUGCAAAUCGCAUGGCUUGGUAUUACUUGGGAAUGGUCCACAGGGAUGAUGGAAGGGCAAGUGAUGCAUUAGACUGCUUCCAGGCAGCGUCCAUGCUUGAGGAAUCUGAUCCCGUUGAGAGCUUCAAAUCAGUUUAUUAACCGACCCGAUGGUUCUUGUUGAUUUUUUUUUUUUCUUUUUCUUGUGAUUAUUUCUUCUCCAUCUUAGUCUAAACCAUCACCGCAGUUGGCAUCCUUGCUCGUAGAUCGAUGCUUAUCACCUGGAAUGCCAUUCCUUCUAGUUUCCUCACAUAUCCACCCUGUGAUUCUGUAAAAUAGAACAGAAACAAGGAAAAGGAGAAUGGGUAAAUAGGAAACUAGGAUUUAAGGUGGUGAUGGAGAAUAUGGUUGGAAAUUAAGCAUGGAGAAGUGGUUCUCUAAGUUAUUGAAUUUGAUUAUAGAGUGGAUGAUGCCUUUUAGACAGGUUAGGACAGUGGAGUGGAGCUUGUACCCAUACCAAUGUAUUAAUUUGUUGUCUGGCCUCAGUGGCUCACACUGUAAAUGUCUUCUGUUUGUUCUACUCAGUGAAUUCUUUGGGAAAUAGAUCUCUUAUUCUUUCUCUCAGCUCA